AUGAAGGCCGAGCGGUGUGUUUCUCCGGUGCAAGCAGUGAUGGGAGUUCUGGAAGGAAAGUCUGGGAAGCCGUCAAGUAAGGCAGAGGCCACGCAGGUCCUCAUGUACAUGGAUCGUCUACAGCAGUUGGUGCCACAAUGCCCGAAGGAUCGUCCGGUGUCCCGCCUCGAGCUCAUUCAAUUUGUGAUCGACUACAUCUACGAUCUGCAGCAGGAGCUGGCCACGCCCCCUCACCCCAAGGAUGACGCCGACAGCAGCGAUUCUGUAUUCGAGGACUCCACCACCGAGGACCCCAACACCACCUGA